ACGCUGUCGUUUCUCAGUUGAGCUCUCUGCGCAUCUUGAGCGGCGAUGAAUAAGUUGAGGCGGCGGUUGGCGGCGAGACCGCCGUGGGAACGGCUGAACGUGAGCUCGGAACCCACCACGUACAACUGAAUUCGAAAGAGGCCAGUAUCGCGCCGGCGAGGUCAGGCGAGAAGAAAAGGGAGUCUUGUCCGCUUUGACCAGAUGAGGUCGCGACUGAGGUUGCUGGCAUUUCGCGAAACGGGACGUCGUUAUCUCUCCGGAAGAACCGGCGACUCCUCGAGCCCGAACCCCCGAUUUCUUUCGCAGUCCCAGCACAGGAAGCAGGUCUCCCUCGCGAAUCUCUUCCAAAGGUAUGGUUUUUCUCCGUCCCAGUCGCCUGAUUUCCUCGCGAAGAAUCGGUUCUUGCUCGAUGCUAGCUUGCACGACACUGAGAGAUCACUAAGCAUUUUGUCCUCGCUCAAGAUUCCCAACGGGUUGGUGAUCUCUGUGAUGAGUCAGUGUCCUGGGGUUUUGGAGCAUGACUUCCUGAGGAGAUGGGAGGUGGUUUUCCGGGAGUUUGGCUUUCUUGGGGUUUCUUCUGCUGGCAUUAUAAGUACCCUCCAGGUUUCUAGGAAAUUCAAUGUCGGUCCGGAAAGAUUUGGUACAAUUUUCGAGGUUUUGAAGGGUUUAGGCGUUGAGGAUCGCACUUAUUGCAGGAUAUUGGAGGAGUUUCCUGGAGUUAUUGCACUGGGGGAGAGUGAAAUUUUGGGCAAAGUCAAGUUCUUGGAGGGAAUCGGCAUAUCGAAAGCUGCGAUGGAUCGUGUGUUUUGCACUUUUCCUGGCAUCAUGGGAUUGAGUGUGGAGGAUCGACUGAAGCCACUGAUGCGUGAGUUUAGGCAUUUGGGUUUUGAUAAAGGUGUGGCUCGGGAUGAGAUUCUUAGAGAGCCUAGAGUUCUUGGCAUGGAACUUGGGGAACUGUCCCGUUGCUUGGAACUACUACGGACUUUAAAAUGCCGAGAGCCGAUUAAAGAGAAGAUUUUCAGGGGAGGUGAAUUCAGAGCUGGGUUUGAAGUGAAAUUGAGACUCGACUGCUUGUGCAGGCAUGGUUUGAUUCGCAGAGAUGCUUUCAAAGUGUUAUGGAAAGAGCCAAGGUUGAUUGUGUAUCAGACAGGGGAGAUUGAGAGGAAGAUUGAUUUCUUGGUAAACGAAAUGAACUAUGAUGUCGAGUGUCUAAUCGAGGUGCCUGAGUACUUAGGCGUGAAUUUUGAAAAACAGAUCCUUCCUCGAUACAAUGUGAUUGAGUACUUAAGAUCCAUUGGGGGACUAGGCGAUCCAGUAGGCUUGACAAAUUUGAUAAAGCCUAGCAGGCUAAAAUUUUACAACUUAUAUGUCAAGCCUUAUCCAGAGUGUGAAAAGAUUUUCAGAAAAUGUGAAGGAGAUGAAGCUAAGAAGCAGCAUGCAGUGGGACUGUGGAAACUCUUCAAACCGCAAAAGUAUCCCCAGUCCAAGGAUGAUGCAGAAAACAUAAGGUCCUUUAUGGAGUUGGGUGGUUAGGAUGGGAAAGUUGUAGCAUCUCAUCCAUUAGUAUAUAUCAAAUAUACAUCAAACUGAGGAUUGUGAGUGGUUCACGUCUGUUUGAACCAUCCACAGGUAUGUAGAACUUUACGCAGAAUUCGUAGUAUUUGGCAUAUUCUGAAGUCGGCAUCAGUUCUUUAGAGCCUUGAUUUAACCAGAUUAGAAUUGGCAUGUAGAUCUUACAUCUCUAGUUACCGCAGCAGCAGCAUGUAUUUGUCAUUUCUGAUCGGUUUUUGACACUCAAUUGUUGCAUCUCUGGGAUAUGCAAAAUCAGCAUGUAUCAGUUUGUUGUUGCCGAUAUGGAGGAGAUGUCGAACAAGAUGGAUUCUGCUCUUCCUCAUUCUGGUCAAGUUGCUUAUACAUUGCUUUCUUCAAAACUAUGUAAAACAGAUAAAAUGAGUUAAACGUCAUCAUGCAACACAAUAGUAACGAUAUUUAUGCGGGUGGAUUGUGAAAAAGGAUUAGAUUUCCUAGUUUAAAUCGGUGGCACUAAUUUUAUCUGUGUUUAGUUCUAAACUCUUGUCCUUUGUUUUUUUACUUUGUUACCUUCUUAAAUUUUGUCUCAUGGAGUUGCUCCAUUUUGACUUUACCGUAUCAAUUUCAUCAGCUUGCAUUGCUCCUGUAGCAAAGUUUAUUCUUGUAAAAUCUGUUAGUGAGGCUGUCGAUUCUGUUGCAGGUAUGAAGGCCUUUAAGAAAAUCUUUUAUCAUGCCCAGUCCCAAAACUGUUGCUUUAUUGGGAAGUCGUAGACUGGAUAGGUUAGUUUUAAUACAUUUCUAAUUAAGGUAUUUAUGAUAUUUAUAUGUAUCACAGUUUACAUAUCCAUAUCUUUACUUCUAUACAAUAUUAUCCAGUGGGCAAACUUUCUUGUUAUUAUUGCUUCUAAGUUCACUACAUCCUUGAUGUUUUACUUCCAAUUGUAUUUAUUAUUGAGAUUCGCUUCCAUAUCAAGAAAAAUAAAAAUAACCAGUGAAGUAUAUGCAAAUUAUGCGAAUGCAACGUGUUUAUUACUGUUUAGCAAGUGUAUUAUUGGUGAUAGAUAAUAAUGUGUUCAGCUCCUGAGACUGAUGUAGCAGCAGCUUCGCAACAUGGUCUUAUCAUUUCAAGGCUUCUUACGUGUUACCUUUCUCCAAACAAGAUAGACUGAUUGGAUAAUUCUUGCAUGUGACAAUGCGAGCUUAAUAACAGUGUAGGAUUUUUCUGUUUAUUGCUGUUCGUCAUUUGCAGCUUUAUUUACUACUUUCGAUACCCCAUAUGCACCUAUAACUGUGCUGUCAGCCUGAUAAAAAUGUCAAAAUAUGCAACCAACUCUGGAGACAGGAAUCUUUAAUCUACUAAAUUAUUACGUUGGGCUAUGUAGGCUUUUUCCUCAAGGAAAGAUGAUUUGGUGAAUAUUCUUUCUGUUUAGGCCUCACAAAUUCAUUCCAGCUGUUUGGUCUGCCUAAUCCAGUCAAUGUAUAUGUUGAUGAGGUUUUAAUUGUUGUCAUAACAGACUUCUCACAAUUAGGUCAGAUGCAAGGAAAGUUUCAAAUGGUGUUUGGCAGGCAUACUGGCCAUGCCAUUCUGUUUUCGGAGUUGAGGCAUUGUUACUACAAGCUCUUUACUCCAAUUAUGGAGGCGCUACCUGAAUGAUGUAGAAACGAAUGAAUUAACUCGCAUGAUGCAUUGAUUGGGAACUGAUAUGAAGUUGAAAAGAAAAAACUAUUAAGUUCUCAAACGGAGUCAGCUGUAAAUGCUGUUGUAACUCAUUGGGUCAAAUCUACUAGGAUGGCCUAGAAAUCUGACCUGACCCAGCUGUGAUUCGAACCGGUAAUUUUGGUUCAGGUCCGGUCGGAAGAUUCAGUAUUCAGGGUGAGGAAACCUGUAGAAGAGUUUAGGUUUCGAGACAAUCCUUACCAGACUGCUGACCUUGUAAUGUUAAAAAACAAGUUUCAGUAAAACGUAUGGGAAAAGGAUUCAGAUUUCCCAGACUAGAUCUAUCUGAAAUAAAGUUGAACAUGUAGUGAAGUGAACUGACCAAUCGCUCUGACGUCACUUGGGUUCCAGCGACCAUGGACUGCCACUUUUUGCCAACCUGGGAUGACCAUAUUCUUAUUUCCGGUGCAUUCAGUUAUAAAUUGCGACGGUUGUUUGCUUAACAUUGUCCUGUUUUUACUGCAGAUCCCCGGAUUCUGCCAGGGAGAUCUUGAAUCCAGAGUUCCCUCGGUGGCUGAAGGCUGCAAUAACCUUGCGGUACAAGAGAAUUAGAUACCGACUUGCAUAGAGUUAGGAGUCUGUAUUACCGGACUUAUUGAAUUCAUCAUUUCCAUCGUCGAUGAUGGUCUGACAUCUGAUUCAAACAUGGAGUUUUGCCAGUGUCCCAAUGCCUGGUUCUUGCAUUUGAGUAAAUGAAGGCUACAGAGUUUCUAGCUCAUGGUCCGCGCAGAAUACAGAUAUAAAGUUGGAUUGCGUCUGUGUUUGGCGAUUUCAUUGAUCUUGUCGCUUGCUUUGACAAUGCACUCCGACUGUUCUAAUAAUAUGCUCCGCCACGAGGAGGUCUCUCUCUUUCGGUGACGUUGCAUUGUAUGACAUUCUAUC